GUCAUGCAAAUGAAGGGCGGGCUCGCGGGGGUUGCUGGGAAAACAGCUUGGGUUGUUCCCACGCGCGGGCGGUCAUCUGUGCCUAAGGACGGGAUUCUAGCAGUGGACGAGCCGGCUUGCGAAUCUCUUCACCCUGAACCUUACUGGUGAGAUCUUAUGAUGCAGUUGGAGUCUCUCUUGCACAGUGGCUACUUCCACCCCGUGCUUCGCUCGUGGCAGACGUCGGCCACUUCUUUUGAUGCCACCAAUCUCAUCUACCCCAUCUUUGUUACGGACAGCCCGGAUGCCGUGGAGCCCAUUCCCAGUCUGCCUGGCCAAGCCCGGUAUGGAGUCAACAAGCUGGAGGAGAUGCUCCGCCCCCUGGUGGCUGACGGUCUGAAGUGCGUCCUGAUAUUUGGAGUCCCCACAAAAGUGGCCAAGGAUGAACAAGGCUCUGCGGCCGAUGCCAAGGACACACCAGCAAUCCAGGCUGUCAAGAAGAUCCGGUCUGAAUUCCCAGAGCUGCUGAUAGCCUGUGAUGUCUGCCUGUGCCCGUACACAUCUCACGGACAUUGUGGCAUCCUUCGGGAAGAUGGCACCCUCCAGAAUGAGGCCAGCUGCCGGAGGCUGGCAGAGGUGGCACUGGCCUACGCCAAGGCAGGAUGCCAUAUUGUGGCCCCCUCGGAUAUGAUGGACGGACGCAUCCGUGCAAUAAAGGAGGCCCUGAUUUCCAAUGACAUGGGCAACAAGGUUUCGGUCCUGAGCUAUAGUGCCAAGUUUGCUUCCUGCUUCUAUGGCCCUUUCAGAGAUGCAGCCUUGUCUAAACCUGCCUUUGGAGACAGACGGUGUUACCAGCUUCCUCCAGGUGCCCGAGGAUUGGCUGUACGAGCAGUGGAUCGGGAUGUGAAAGAAGGAGCAGAUAUGCUUAUGGUAAAACCAGGAAUGCCCUAUCUAGACCUUGUGCGGGAAGUCAAAGAUAAGCAUCCCACCCACCCGCUGGCUGUUUACCAUGUCUCCGGGGAGUUUGCCAUGCUGUGGCACGGAGCACAAGCUGGGGCCUUUAACCUGAAAACUGCAGUUCUGGAGGCCAUGGCGGGGUUCAGGCGAGCAGGGGCUGAUAUCAUCAUUACAUACUACGUGCCUCAGCUCCUGCAGUGGCUUAAAGAAGACCGGGCAUGAAGCAUGCAUCUCCCUGCUCCCUGGAAUGGGAGAACAAAAAGGAACUUGGAAAGGGCUGGCAUCAAGUGACCUGCACCACAUGGAUUUUUAGAAAAUCGAGCAAGACAUCAAGAUGCAGACAGCAUGCCCUCCUGACCGCAGUGCCCCUUAGAAGCCAAAGGAAUAAUUCCUCCCAAAGUGCUUUUGCAAUCAAUUCCUGAGGCCCUUGAAUCCAGCGCUGGUGCUGCAACCCCUUUUAUUUUUCAGAGUCAGAGCUAUUUCUUCAAAAGAUGUUAGGUUUAAAAAUGCCACAAUCAAGGAAUAGUUAUUUAUCCUGCAAAAGCCAUUGCUUCAUCAGUAAUACAUUAACUGACAUGUUUAUAUAGCAGGAGCGCCUACUGGUAAGGGGUAUCAUUCAGCUGUGAAGGUCUUGUGGGAAUAAGGCUAGCCCUUUCUCUGUGAUCCCCUAAUUUAAAAUCUAGCUGGGAUGCUGCUGCUUUUUUAUUCCACAAAUUACCAAGUUGUCUAGAAAAGAGGCAAAACCCCCCAAAAAACAUUCCACUAUCCAUCCAUGCCAAAAUUGCAAAAGAGUGGCUGCAGGUUUGCUUGGCGUAUAAACUUAUCCUGUAUGUGACAGAUGUAGUUAUUUUGAGAAUAUGGGCCACAUUUUAGAUGGCUUCUACUGUUACCACUACUUUUCCCUGGUAGGGCUCCUACGUUUUAACCAGCAGUAUGACAGAUACAAAAAUCUCAUCAGAAUGAGCCUUUUUAUACAGAGCAGCUGGUCAAGAAAUGGACUAUGACUUGAUCAAUUAAUUACUAAGUUGUUGAAGUAGACUGCAGAGUGGGGUCAUUUGUAGUCCUGGUGAAACCAGUGGGGCCAGGCAGUAAGCAGUUUGUAGCUAAGUGUAUUACAACUCUGAGUGCACAAGUGUCCUUUCAUGUAUUUUGACCACUAAUGCCCUUGCCUGCCCACCCCCAUGUAUUUUGACCACUAGUGCACUGGCCUCCCCACCCCCAAAUGCUGUGAUUUCUUGAGCAAUUAGACUGCACCUUCUACAGAGCCAUACUCCAGCGUUUCUUUGUAUUAUUUUAAAUUAAACUUCGGAGGAAAAAUUAAAAAUACUAUUUUCUUGA